AUAAAUUAUUUUUUUCGAUGGGUAUCUGUUCUGGUAAACAGAGAGAAAAUUUAACGACAGAUGUUGAUAACAUUCCAUUGUAUACAAAAGGUUAAUUAGGAUUUGAUAUAAUUGUUGAAAACAUUAAAAUAAAGAUGGAUGAUAUUGUAUGAUCUGUUAUAAUUAUAUAAAGUCAAAUUGCAAAGUGAAAAUGGCAAUAUCAGACUACUCAACUUUUGAAACUGAAAUUGAGAAAGAAACUUAAGGAUAAUUUUAUGUAAAAUAAUGAAUAAUUUUUAGUUUAAAUAUAUACAUAAGCUGUAAUUUACAACGACUGAAGAGUAAAUAAAAUAAAAAUUUGUUGUUGUUGAUUUAGAGAAUGAAAAGAAUGAAUAGAUUUCAUAAUUUAAACUAAACUUAUAUUAAAUAGCAACAGGACCAUAUCAUUUUGAUUAUGAGUUCACUUAGAUAGGAUCUAGAAAAAAUGGAAAAGUUAGUUUUGAUUUUAAAAUGGCUCAAAUUCUUAUUGUUCGAUUUAUUCCAAAAUUAAUUGAUUUUACAUUGAAGGAACCUUUAAAUAAAAAUGAAUAUUGUUUCUAAUUAAGAAUGCUUACAUCAUAAUUGUAAUUUCAUUCUGAAUUUUCAUCUAUAUUUUAAAGCCAUUUAUUAUAAAAAACAAACUAACUUUAAUCUAAUAAAUAAAUAAUAUGGAAGGAUUCAUAAGUAGAAAUGGAAGUAGAAGUACCUUUAAUAGAAAUAACUUCAUCUUCAAUUUAAAUUUCUUUAUGGCAUAUAGGUAAAGAUGGUAAAAAAGAAAUAGAAUGUGAAGCAUAUGUAAACUUAAAUUAUGCUCUAACUUAGAAAUAUGAAUGUGUAAUUAUAAAUUUUAUUAUGUUUAGAUUAUUAAUAAAGGAAUUAAAUAUUAUAAAAUAUAAUGGAUCUAAAAUAACAGAAGAGUUUGGAAUCAUGGAGUUUAAGAAGGAAUGCUAAAUUAUCAUCUAGAAAUUAUUUUACCAUUUCAUUUAAAAUAAUAAAUUGUCGGAGUGAGAACUGACAAAGGAGUAUCUUAAGGAACAAGAGUAAUUAAUUAAUCUAAAGCAUCUAUAAAAGAAAUAUAACAAUUAAGUUCAGCUGGAUAAGGAUUAUUAGAUACAUAAUAUAUAAUAUUAAGCAAAGUAAAUAAAUGAUCUAAUUUAUCUUUAGUCAGAACCUGAUUCAUAAUCAAUUCAAUAAUAAAAUGAUUAUAUACUUUAAAUCAUUGAUAAUCUAAAAUUAAGUCAUAAAUAAUCAAUUGUUUGUUUUGAAUAUAAAACUUAAUAAGAUCUCUUUAAUUCAUAAAAACUAUUAAUUGAUUUAGCUAUUAGAUUAUUAGAAACAGCAGAUUAAUAAUAAGAACUAUUAAGAGAAUAAUAUUAUACUAUUCUUAAAUUAUUAAUGAAUAGAGGUGAAUUAAGUUUAUCUUAAUUAGGAUUCUCAGAUUAAACACAAAAGACUAAUGAAAAACUAUUAAAAUUUAAACUAGAAAUUAGUCUAACUUAUUAGAUUUUUUUAUAAAAAGGAUUAUCAAUAACUUUAGAAAAACUAAAAUAAAAAUCAUUAGCAUAAAAUGAAAGAUCAUUUGUAGAAAACUUUUUUGCUAAUGCUUAUUUCAGAGUUCCAGAAUUUAGAAAUAGAAUUAUUACUAGUGUUUAAAGGGCUGAAGAUGAAUAAAUUCCAGAAUGGAGAUCUCUAACUAAAUCAAGUGGAGGAGUCUCAAAUUUAGAAUUUAAUGAUAUUUUUGAUUGGAAUAAACAUUUUUAUGAAUAUCUUGUGAAAGAUCCAAAAUAUUAUGCCAAUAAUCAUAAAAUGAAUGAAACUAUUAAUUAGACUAUGUGGCAAAAACGUUUAGGAAAAAGAGGAAUUGCUUUCUUUUUAUUUAUAAAAGAAUGGUGUGAUUUAUUAAAUACUUACAUAGUAAAUAGCAAAAAUGUUCCUUAUCAUUAAUUACCAGGAUACUUUUAGCUUGUUAAAGCUUUCUUUUUAGAAUUAAAAUAAAGAGAAAUAAGAAAUUAUCCAGAAGCUUUAAAAAUAGCAUUAUGUUCUAUGCUAAGAAAUACAAAUUUAUUAAAUACAAUUAUCGUUAUUUUAUUCAGCAAAGUUAAUUUAUAUGACUCUGAAAAUGUAGUUCAUUGUUUAGAUUUACUUAAUAAAUGUCUUCAAAAAAUAAGUUUUUAUAAUUUGUAAAUGCCAUCAUUCUUGGAUUAAAAAUACUUUUUGAAAGGAAUUAGAAUUAUAUUAUCUGAAAGUGAACAUGCCUAAAGUAUAGCAAAAUGCUUAGAAAUGAUUUAUUCAAAUUACAUAUUAUUUCCAGGUAUGAUUUAUAUUGAAAUUUAAAGCUGAUCUCAAAAAAGAAUUGAAUGAUAUGAUCUUUGAAAAUUUAGCUAUGAAAUUUUUUAUCCAUUGGUCAUAUAAUGUUAGAGUAAUAUUUCAAUGCUUCUUAAUUUAUCGAAUCUUUCAUUUGCAUAAACCUAUAAAAGAUAGAGAAUUUAAUGAAGAGUAUAUAUUAUAAAUAUUUUAGAGAUCUCAUUGAAAAAUAUUAACAAUAAUUAAAACCUAAAAAAUAACACAGUUACUUUGAUUAAAGAAACUCUUCCAAAUAGAUUAUUGUAAAUUAUAUAAUUUAAUCAAUUAGUCAGAAUAUAUUUACUUAAAAUAUAUUAGAUUUAUGUAACAGUUAGAAGAGGGAAGACAUUUAUCUAAAUAAAAAAUAAGUUAUUAUAAUUUGGAAAACAAUAAGAUUGAUGAUCUUAAAAAUAAACUCAAAAAAUUAUAGACUAAAAUUUAAAAUAGAUAAAAAAAUGAUAGUUUUGUGUAACAUUCAUUUAAAGUUAUAUCAGAUAAUUAAUAUGAUGAUACUAUUUUACCAAUUCAAACUACAGAAUAAAACUAAGAAAGAUCGGCUAUAAAUAAAGGGUAAUUACCUAAAUAAAAAAUUGUAUUAUCAGAAGCUUAAUUGAAAUAUUUAAUUAAAGCAUGUUCGGAAUACGAUGAUUAAAUAGUAUAAUAUUAAAAAUGGAGAUAAGCUAAUAUUCCUGAUAAUUAUAAUACUUUAACAGAAGAAUGUAAAUUACUUAUAAUAUAAUAAAAGAAAUAUUACCUGUUAUUGAGUCUUUCGUCGUACCUGUAGUGAGAAUUCUAGAAAUUUAAGAUGAAAAUGAAGGGAAUCUUACACAGAAAGAUGAUUGGUGA